UCAAAUAUUAAAGAUUCUGAUGUGUUUGUUUGUUUUAGGAAGAAAAGCAAAACAUAAGAAACUUCUCUGUUGUGAUUAAACGGUUCCAGUGAAAACUUUCCACACACACACACACACACACCAGGGAAAGAUAAAAAACACACACUCUGUUUGUUUAGUGCUUCAAGUGGCACGCGUCCGGCGCGCGCAACACACCGGCACCGGCGCAGGAGCCCAAGGUGGAUCCACGCGACAGGAGGGCGUGGCCAGCCCCCUGCUCCGUGCGGAGACGGCAUUGAAAAGCAGUGGCGUCUGUCCUCGAGGACUCAGAGAAGCUCUGAGGAGCGCGCGACGCUGAAUUAUCCCCCACCACCCAACUCUGAAAACAAGUGCGCGUCAACGACACGUGAACGGCACGAGCGGGACACACUGACCUGGUGCUUUUGGAUUUUGUUUUUAUGCGCGUGUUUUUUAAUGGACUUCACAGUCAGGAUGGAGAUAAACGUCCAGCACCAACAGCACCAACAGCAGCAGCAGCAGCAUCUCAUGCCGCCCGCCUGCUUCUUCUCCGCCGCGGCGCAGAGCGUCCAGCUGAGUCCGUGCGGCAGCGGCAGCAGCAGCGGCAGCAGCGGCAGCCAGGGCGGCGUCAAGUCCGCGUCCAAGCCGCCCAAGCGGCAGCGCUCCACCUCGCCGGAGCUGCUGCGCUGCAAGCGGCGGCUGAACUUCGCCGGCUUCAGCUACACGCUGCCGCCGCAGCAGCCGCACGCCGUGGCGCGCCGCAACGAGCGCGAGCGCAACCGCGUCAAGCUGGUGAACAACGGCUUCGCCACACUGCGGGAGCACGUGCCCAACGGCGCCGCCAACAAGAAGAUGAGCAAGGUGGAGACGCUGCGCUCCGCGGUGGAGUACAUCCGCGCGCUGCAGCAGCUGCUGGACGAGCACGACGCAGUCAGCGCCGCCUUCCAGUCCGGCGUGCUGUCGCCCAGCAUGUCGCAGGGAUACUCCGCGGACAUGAACUCAAUGGCGGGCUCUCCCGUGUCCUCGUACUCCUCUGACGAGGGCUCGUACGACCCGCUGAGUCCAGAGGAGCAGGAGCUGCUAGACUUCACCAACUGGUUCUGAGCAUCUGUGUGAGACGCUUGUAUCAACCUCGUCCCUGUUGUCGUGCGCUUGUGAUGGUCCUGGUGGAGGCUGGUGUCCUCCACGACGUGACGCACUCACUGCACGAACACUGCGCGCUCUCGCCUCUGCUAACGCGCUGUUCAGAGACAGAGACAGAGACAGAGACUUGGACAGAACGUCCUGGAGACUCUAGAGAGAGAGAAGAAUCAGCGCCAAAGGACUAAAAAACAAAAAAUAAGAAGAAGAAAAGAAGAAGAAGAUGGACUUCCCUGCGUGGGAAUCCAAACUUCUGCGCAUUUGCCCUUUAUAUUAAAAACAAAAAAAACUUCCGCUCCCGCUCUUCUGCAGCACAUUUAAUUAUUAUAAAAACAUUAUUUAACGCCUUUAACUAAACUAUGCUAAAGAAAAUCAACCCUUCAGUCAAAGUCCAACAAAACGAUGCUUCCAAGUCUCGGAUUAAAAAACAAAACAAACGUUUUUUUGGGGGGGAAAUAUAUUAAACUAUUUUUGUAUGUAAGAGAUUUAUACGUAGAUGUUUUGUACACACUGUAUAUAUUUUGUCUAUAUAUUAAUGCUUGUACACCUCCUGCCUCUGUAGACUCUGUGUAGUCUAUUACUCUCUGGCUCUUCUGUUCCACGAGGUUUCCAGAAGGAGUUUGACACUCUGUUUAUAUAUAUAUAUCUAUAUGUAUACGUUUUUUAUUCACUCUCUCUCUAUAUAUAUAUAUGUAGGUAAAUAUAUAUAUAUAUAUAGCACCAACGUGUCUUAUUUAAUAGAAGGAGAAAAAACAUGUCCUUGCAUCAUGUCAUGAAGUUCACAAUGAUCAAAACUUAUGCAGCUAUUGUCCAAACGUCUCCUGACACUGCCGGCUCUUUAUUGUCUUCACACAAACACAUGUUGAGAAGAAGAAGAAAAGUCUUAUAACCAUAUUUUCUAAACUCUAGGACAAGAAUAAAAAUGAUUUGCUACUGAA